UAUUAUAUGAUUUGCUUUCUUAAAUAUAUAAAUCAGUAUAAAAAAUUUCUAGGUUUGAGGAAUCUGGAGCUCCUUGAUCUGAGUUAUAAUCGCCUUAACAAUAGCAUGCUUUCAUCUCUCAAGAGACUUUCAUCUCUCAAAUCUCUGAACCUAGAAUAUAAUUUACUCGAAGGAAAACUUAACGUAGAAGAAUUGGGUGCUUUGAGCAACUUAGAGGAGCUACAUUUGAGCGGAAAUCAGAUCAUCAAGUUUGAGGCCUUGAGAGGUCUAAGCAAGCUAAGAAAAUUAAUUUUGAACAACAUGACCACAAACGAAAGAAGCCCUUCACUGCUUCAUAGCUUGGGAGCAUUUCCGUACCUCAAGACCCUCUAUCUACAAUACAAUAAUUUCCAUGAAAAAAUAUUUGCUCAAGUAGAGUCAGAGAAUUUCACCAACUUGGAAGAGUUGUUCCUAGACUCAUCUUCUUUGAAUGAAGAGUCCCUUACAAGUCUUGGAGCAUUGCCUUCUCUUAAACUUUUGUCGUUGGGUUCAUUAAGAGACAACCUACCCCAUCAAGGAUUGCCUAGUUUCAAGAAGCUGGAACAUUUACACUUGGAUUUUUCUACCAUUAAAAACAACGUCCUGCAUACUAUUUCAAAAAUGAUCUCUCUCAAGACUUUAUCAUUGGUGUAUUGUGGACUCAGUGGCACCAUACCAGCAACCCAAGGCAUAUGCGAGUUGAAACAUCUCCAAAUGCUUGAUGUCAGCUCUAAUGAUCUCAGUGGUACGUUGCCUUGGUGUCUAGCAAAUCUUACAUCCCUUCAACGAUUGUAUCUCAUUUCUAAUCAUUUUACGGGAAAAAUCUUUCCGGUCGGGGGUUUGACAUCCAUCCAAGAAUUAAAACUUUCGGGCAAUCACUUUCAAAUACCGAUUUCACUUAGUCCAUUUUUCAACCAUACAAGGCUCAAGCAUUUGCAGGGCGAGGAUAAUGAAGUAUAUACAGAAUUAGAGGUGCAUAACUUGAUCCCAAAAUUCCAAUUAGAGACUCUUGUUUUACCUUGUCUUGGCUAUGGCGGAGCAUUUCCCAAGUUUCUCUACCAUCAGCAUAACUUACGAGUUGUUGAUCUCUCACAUAUUAAAAUGAAGGGGGGCUUUCCAUUUUGGUUGUUGGAUAAUAACACAAACCUAGAAGAGCUUUCUUUAGCCAAUAAUUCUCUUUCAGGGCCUCUCCAGCUGCCAAGUCAUCUUCAUAUGCGUUUGUCAAACUUAGACAUCUCCAAUAAUGGCUUCCAUGGGCACAUUCCAAUGGCAAUUGGAGCAUCUUUCCCAAUGUUACUAAAUUUGAAAAUGUCUAGAAAUGGUUUUAGCGGUAGCAUUCCCUCAUCACUUAGUAAUAUUAGCUUCUUAGAAGUUUUGCAAUUGGAUGGAAAUCGGUUUUCAGGAUGUAUCCCUGAUAACUUAUAUAAGUGCUCUUAUUUGGAGAUGUUGGAUGUUAGUGAUAACCAUCUAUCUUGUAGGAUCCCAGGAUCAAUGAGUAAUGUGUCUUCUCUCAAAGUUUUAGACCUUUCAAGGAACAAUAUUUUUGGAAGUCUACCAUCAUACAUUAACCCUUCUAGCUUGGUACUUGUUUACUUAUCUUAUAAUAGGCUACAAGGGUCAAUAAAAAAUGCAUUUUAUGGUUGCUCUGAUUUAAUAACAUUAGAUCUUAGCCAUAAUUUUUUGACCGGGACCAUUCCAGAAAUGAUUGGUAGUCUUUCUAUGUUGGGCUAUCUUUUCUUGAGUUAUAAUAACCUUGAAGGUGAAAUUCCAAAGCAUUUGUGCAAUUUGGACCUAUUAAGGUUGAUUGAUUUAUCUCAUAAUAAUUUUUCUGGUCAAAUCCUUCCUUGCCUAAGAUGUACUGGGGGUUCUGGUGUUAUGGAUCCAGAAACUGAUGAUGACCGACAACCUUUAGAUUUUACAAUAAAAUGGAGUACAUAUUCUUACCAGGGAAAAAUUCUCAGUAUGUUUUCUGGAAUAGAUCUUUCGCACAACAAACUGAGUGGAGAAAUUCCUCCUGAAAUUGGAGCACUUAGCGGGAUUCAAGUGUUGAACCUUUCCCACAACAAUUUGACAGGACCAAUUCCACCAACAUUCUCAAACCUAAGUGAAAUUGAAAGCUUGGAUCUAUCUUACAACAACUUGGAUGGGAAAAUUCCUCCUCAGCUUAUACAACUAACUUCUCUAGCUGUCUUUAGUGUAGCAAAUAAUAACUUAUCUGGAUCAACACCUAAGAGAGUUGCACAAUUUGCAACUUUUGAUGAGAGUAGUUAUGAGGGAAAUCCUUUCCUUUGUGGACUGCCACUUUCAAUGAGUUGCAGUGCAGCAAUAUCACCAUCACCAUCGCCGAGAGUUUCAACUGUUGAUGAAGCGGAGAGUGGCUUCAUAGACAUGGAUGUUUUCUACGUGAGCUUUGUGGUGGCUUACAUCAUAAUAUUGUUGACAAUAGCUGCAGUUUUGUGGAUAAACCCAUAUUGGCGACAAGCAUGGUUUUACUUUAUUGAGGUGAGCUUCACCAAAUGCCAAUAUUUUCUGGAAGACAAUGUUUAUGUGCUUUUCAAGUUCAGGGUGUGACUGCUAUAUAUUGUUUCUGGUGCAAUUAUGUUGAAUCUUUAUAUAUGAUUUUGCUUUUUAAGUUGGCGAUUAAGUAAAUCCUUUUAAUGGCCAAUCGAAAACAAAAGUCAUGUAAUAUUUAAUGUAUGAGCUCUUGUUGCAAUGAAAUGUAGCUUGUCUUUCA